AUGCUGGAUAAUGGUAUUUUAGUUAUCCGAUGUAUUGAGGUUGAAAACUUCAAAACUUACGCAGGAAAAGUCGUCAUUGGUCCAUUCAAUCGCGGUUUUAACGCAAUCAUCGGAGAGAAUGGAAGUGGUAAAAGCAAUAUAAUAGAUGCAUUAUGUUUUGUUUUUGGAACUCGAGCUAAAAAGCUCAGACACAAUAAGCAGACAGGUUUGAUUCAUCAGUCUGAAAACCAAAAGCCAACAUUUUCUAAAGUAACAAUAUUUUUUUCAGUUUUUCUGCAUCGAAACGACACAGUGCCUCUUAGAGACUUUUCCAUUGGAAAAUCAAUCACACUAGAUAACCAAAGUAAAUAUUUUAUAAACGACAACGGUGUUUCUUACGCGGAAAUACGGGGAGAGUUGUUGCAGUAUAAUAUAAAUUUGAACAGAAAUAGAUUCUUGAUUUUUCAGGGUGAAAUUGAAAAAUUUUCGCUUCUGCGACCAAAAGCGUCCGAAAACUGUUCUGAAGGUUUGCUAGAAAUGUGUGAAGAGUUGAUUGGAACUAAUAAGUUCAUUGAAGAAAUAAAACGGCUUGAGCUCGAUUUGGUUGAUAUCAAAGAAUGCGUCAAAGAUACAAUGAAUGCAAAAAAUCUUUCCAAAAGCUUUACAGAAAGAUUGAAAAUUGUGACGUUGAACGGAGAAGUUAUUGAAAAGUCCGGUUCUAUUACGGGAGGGAAUGCCAUAAACUAUCUUUCAGCCAGGCAUUUAUACCUCAAUAAAGACGUCGACGAUUUUUCUAAACUUCACGACAAAAUAAAUCUAAUAAACCAAAAAAUAGACGAACAGCAAAACAAAGUUAUCGAGUUGAAAAGAGAUAUAAAUUAUCUUACUGUGAACUGUGUGGAAACGUCGAAAGUCGAAAUGAAAUAUAAAAUCGAUGAAGGCGUAAAACUGCAAAACAAAUUGGAAAAACAAAAAGAGCUCUACAAGGUAAAAUCAAAACAAUACGAAGAAGUUUGUGUUAGACUAGAAAAUGUCGAGUUCAAAGAACAACUGAGUAAGCUCGAUGACUUAAAGAAAGAAGAAAUUUUUAUUUCUACUAAAAAAAACAUGCUGACUAGUCGUAUUCAGGAAUUAGAAUCGAAAAUUGAUAAAGAAUCGAGUUCAGAAAAGAACAUUUUGCUUAAAAAACUAAAUAAAAAUAUGGAACUCAUCUCUCAAUAUACGUCUAUUAAAACUAAUUACCACGUCGACAGUGAAAUAAAGAAACAAAGAUCGGUUCGUCUUAAGGAUGAAAAGAUUGAAAAAUUGAAAAGCGAUUUGGAUCGCAUCGAGAAAUCAAUUCAGGAGCUGGAAGAAGAAUUAGCCGAAACGCAAAGAAAUCUUAAAACGAUUUCUAAUACUAAAUUAUCAAUUAAAACUGGGCAAACAGAAAAAGACAGGUUGAAACAACUGAGUGAAACCAAAGAAAACUUGUUGAUUUUACAAAAAAAUUUUCAGCGUGACAAAAUAACUGUUGAAAAAGUUUUAGAAGACAUUUUUAACGAGCACAAAACUGAAUCUGAAAAAGUCUCACAUAUUGAGAGUAAAAUUAACCAGUUGUGCGUGUCAUUUGAUAAGUUGCCUCCAAUUUUAUUGCAAGAUGAUCAAUGUCUGAUAAACGAUAUAAAUGCUACACGAACUGCACAGACUGACAUUUAUCAACUUGAAUACGAUGAUAAUGAUGAUAAUAAUUUAGUCAUAGGAGAAGAAGAGCCAUAUAAAUUUGACCUUGUUAAAGCUGGUCUAACGCUUCCCGAUAUUAACGACAAAAAACUAUUUCUUAAAGUUUCCUACACCGAUCUUAAUAAUGAAUUAUCCAAAGUAAAAGUGUUGGCAGAAACGGCAAAAAUGGCAGAUCUGAAAAUAUUAGAUGAAUAUUAUCUGUUGAAGCAUAACUUGGAGAUGCUGAGCUCGAAUAUGUAG